AUGUACCGUCCAAGAUCACGAUUACCACCCCCACCAGCAGCCAGUCGCGGAGGAGCAGGCGCCCUUGGCGGAUUAUUAGGAGGUUUAGGCGGCGCUGUUACCUGUCUCUGCUGCCUUACAGCACUUGGUUUGAUUGGCCUUUGGUUAACUUUCAUUCCAUUUGUUGCCUUCUUUAAAUAUGCAUACGAUCAAGAAGUAAGAGCCUUUGGUGGUAGCCCAAGCAUCCAAAAUCUUCAACAAGUUGGUUUUCUUCUUGCAAUCUGCCUGUUAACGGUCCGUUUCUUCAAUCGACAUAUUUCUAUAUAA